CGCUGUUUGCCGGACUAUUACCACAGAAACAGCUGAGUUUUCCUAAUCUCGCUUUCACCUGUCUCUCCAUGUCGGCUCGUCGUCAGUACUCUGACAAACACACGCUUCCAGCGAACCCCACUUACAGAACUAUCGACUACUCAGACGGAAAGGAGGAACUUUGGCCGCUCAAUACAACAGAAAUCGUGGACCGGGAUGGACAUGUCAAUUUCAUGCAGCCAAUUGAACUGGACAACUCAAUUGCAAUCCGGUGGCGGGUUUCUUUGGGUGCAUCUAUGGCGAAUGCGAUGAAUUGGCCUGCGGGUCCUUCCUACGUUUUGCUCGACUGGCCGGCAGGUUAUCGCAUGUAUGAUCACCACAAAGGACCUCGAGGCUCACCAAGACAUGAUAUAUACCUCUUUGGCGGCCCAAGCCGUUUUCGCUCCAUUGCUGAAUUUGUUCCUCAUGCCAUUUGGCUUGCGGGCAACAUGUCGACCAACUGCGGGUGCAAAUACUGCACCAAGAAACCGCAGCGUGAAAUCACUACCGACAUAAGCAAAGCUGGCAUAUUCACUCCUAUUCACCGCGCUCCCGGGCCGCAUCGUUCACGUCAGCUGCAAAAACAGAGUGCUCUUCGAAAAGUCGGGUUUCAUGCAUCAGUUCAAAAGACUGCAAAGUUGAAGCAGUCUCGCCACAUCACCAAAAUCGCGAUGGUCGUAGAGCGAGAUCAAGAUCUCCGGGCCAUAUAUUGUCAUGACGCCCAUAAGAUGCGACUGAAACGAUGGUACAGGGAAGGGGAAGUUGUCUGGGUAGCGCUGGACAAUCCGAUCUCAUUUCCGGAUGGUACAGACGACAUUACGCUUUGGCCUGCGAUCAUCGAGGAGGUUAAACUUCAGAAAAUCGUUACGGAGCUGAAGAACGGGACGAACUCGGUAUCUUUACCUCCGGUGGAAAUGGGCGAACCCAGCGAACAAUCCGAAUCCGUCGUUCAGCCCGUGCGCGUGCCUCCGUGGGAGGUGAGAGAGACGUAUGCAUACAAGGUCAAAUUCUUAGCCGUCUCGCGCGUAUAUACUGUUCCCGACAGUCAAGUUCUCCCAUACCGAGCCUAUCUUCCUCCGAGCAAUAUAAUCUCGUUUAUACAAUCCCUUUCGCCAGACACAUUCAAUUUCGAUCAAGAGUCCUUACAAAACUGCAAUCCACAGAGCUUACCACCUCCUUCUUGGCCGUUCGUCGUGUCAGCGUACGCCUACGCACUCCAGAUAGGGGAUUCAUUGGCCAUGUUCUGGAAUAUGACUGACGAGUGGCAAUUCAAGUUCACACCGCAAGACCCAGCCAAACAACCACAGCAAUUUCAAUCCUCCCUCACUGAUGCAAUUAUGGCUGCAAGUAGUCAGAAUGCUGCAGCAUUGCACCAGGCGGGGUCUUCGUCAAUAUCUGCUCCACCGCCAUCCUCAGGUUUCUACUCCACCCUCAACUCGUCCGGUUACCGUGACGGGCUCUCAACCCAGGAACUACAAUCUGUGACCGAAGGGAUGCUCGGUCCGUCUCCAGUGAUAGGACAGACCAUCGAACAGAUGAAUUUCCAAGGCAUGUGGUGGGGCGCUGAGCGUAUCUGGGUGGACGAGAUUGUACGACUGAAGCCGCUCCGGGCUGUCUUGGCACCAGAAGGUACCCAGCACAUCCUCCCUCCCGCUGGUCCCGGGAAAGCACAAAUGGAGCGAUGUCACAGGCAGGGCCGAUCGCCCAAGGAGUACGGAGCGGGGGCAAGGGGGUUGUUUAUGAAGCUGGAGAGAUUGUUUUUGGUCGAAGGAAUUUCUGGGGGGCAAAAGACGAAAGAAUGCCGUGCAAGUGGUGUGCUAUAUGAGCUUGCUGAUAAGGACUGGGAGGAUCCUAACAGGGUGACAGAAAAUGCUCCCGCGACUAGUGAAAGUAUUUCUUCGGGACCCAUGUCACCUGGGAGCACCCAAAUGCCACUGUCAAAUUUGCAGCCCGGCCCUGUCUCACCGUACCUUUUGCCGGAAGCUCCGGAAGGGUACUACUUUCGACCCAUCCUCAAGGAUGGAUACGAAAUGACGAUAUCGCUCACCAUGAUCAGCGGGAGGUAUUAUCCCGGGAUCCUUUCGCAUCACCUUUUGCAAGAUAUUGUUCGUGAAGCGAUAGCGAGUGAGAACAGCACGAGUCGGGAGACAAAAGACGACACCACUGGCAGGAACAAGCAUUUGUGGUCGCUGGAAGGUCUAAACGCUGGAUAUGUCAACUCGGUGGAUCCAACGAAAUAUAAGAUCGAUAGGAUGCAGAUGAUUAGGGAUGCAGAUCGACUUAGUAGGGAGAUCCUAACCAAUUAUCUCGGAAAAGUAAAUAGGCAGCCGGAGGUGGAUGAGCUGAUGGAUACGAAUGGUACUUGAUUGAAUUUUGUUGUACUGAUAAUAAUUAGCGUAUGUAUAUAACGAGUAGUGUAGAUUUCGACAAUCUCGACGGAAGUCACCAAAGGUGUACAUGAUUGGUGCCGACGGCUGGCGGUGAUUUCUCUACAUCUGUGUGUGACCAAUGGCCU